AAAAGUAAUCACGUGACAUGUAAACACAUUACUGACAUUUGAGGGAAGGAGAGUGCCAAGUGUUCAUGAACGAAAUUUAAACGUUUAAACCAUAAACAGUCUCUAACAUAAAGAGGAAAAUGGCCGACGAAACAUCCAGCAGUAAUGGAGUGCCCACAAGCCCUAUAAGAGGAUCAGAUCGUACUGAUGCAUUAACAUCUAGUCCGGCUCAUAAUUUGCCUCCAUUUGAGGAUGAGUCCGAUGCUAUUUUGGGCAAUGAUGUCAGUGCUGCUGAAGAGGAAGCUGAUGAUGGGAUAGACCUGAUGGGGGAUAACAUGGAAGAGGACUACCGAGCAAUACCACGGUUAGAUGUGUAUGAUGAAACAGCAGUUGAUGAUGAGGAUUAUGAUGAAAUGGAUAUAGGGGCACGUCGUGAGGCGGAGAAAGUCAUGGGGAAGAGAGAUAGAGAAGAAGCUGCAUUGACUGGACGGCUAAGACGCGAUCUUCUUUAUGAUGAAACAGAUGAGGAAGAUGAUUUGCCCCGUCCAUCACGAAGACGUCGUCUUGCAGAGCAGGCCGCCCGUGGUGAUAUGGAUAUGCUCGAGGAUAUGGUGGAAAGUAUAGAGAACCUAGAGGAUAUGAAGGGACAUUCUGUUCGUGAGUGGGUAUGUCUACAAGCACCAAGACUUGAAAUAAAGAACAGAUUUAAACAAUUUCUAAAGACUUUCGUUGAUGAACAUGGAAAGAGUGUAUAUCGUAACAAAAUUAAGAUGAUGUGUGAAGGAAAUCUUCAAAGUCUUGUCAUUGAUUACAAUGUUCUAGCCUGUGAACAACAGCUGCAGGUGUUGGCAUAUUUUCUACCCGAAGCACCUGCUGAAAUGUUAAAGAUAUUUGAUGAGGCAGCAAAAGAAGUUGUUUUAUCAAUGUACGAAAAGUAUUAUCAGAUAGCAAGCGAGAUACAUGUGCGAAUAGCCGAACUUCCUUUAAUGGAAGAAAUACGCUCACUAAGACAGCUGCAUUUAAACCAACUUAUCAGGACAAGUGGAGUUGUAUCAAGCAGUACUGGUGUUCUUCCCCAGCUCAGUAUGAUAAAGUAUGACUGUAUGAAAUGUAAGUUUGUCCUCGGUCCUUUUAUCCAAUCACAAAAUCAGGAAGUAAAACCUGGCAGUUGUCCUGAAUGUCAGUCACAUGGUCCAUUUGAAAUAAACAUGGAACAGACCGUCUAUCAAAACUAUCAACGAAUCAAGAUCCAAGAAAGUCCCAGUAAAGUUGCAGCUGGUCGCCUGCCUCGUUCCAAGGAUGUUAUUUUAUUGGGUGAUCUUGUUGACUCGUGCAAAGCUGGCGAUGAAAUUGAUUUGACUGGAAUAUACCACAACAACUAUGAUGGUUCGUUAAACAUCGCUCAUGGUUUCCCUGUGUUCGCAACGGUCAUUGAAGCCAAUCACAUCUCGAAGCAAGAGGACAAACUGGCCAUUACAAGUCUCACGGAUGAAGACGUGAAGGAAAUUAUGGCUUUAUCGAAAGAUCCAAAGAUUGGUGAUAGGAUAAUUGCAAGUAUAGCACCGUCUAUUUAUGGCCAUGACGAUAUAAAGAGAGCAAUAGCGCUUUCCUUGUUUGGUGGGGAAGCAAAGGAUCCCGGUGGUAAACACAAGAUACGUGGGGAUAUUAAUAUACUUCUGUGUGGCGAUCCAGGCACAGCAAAAUCUCAAUUCUUAAAAUACGUGGAAAAAACUGCUCCUCGUUCGGUGUUUACGACUGGUCAGGGUGCUUCUGCUGUUGGACUUACGGCCUACGUUCAAAGACAUCCAGUUACAAAAGAAUGGACUUUAGAAGCUGGUGCUCUUGUAUUGGCUGACAGGGGAGUUUGUCUUAUUGAUGAGUUUGAUAAGAUGAAUGACGCCGAUCGAACGAGUAUACAUGAAGCGAUGGAACAGCAAAGUAUUUCAAUAUCUAAGGCUGGUAUUGUGACUUCUCUUCAGGCACGUUGUUCCAUCAUCGCUGCAGCUAAUCCCAUUGGUGGUCGUUACGAUCCGUCUAUGAAUUUUUCAGAAAACGUCGAUUUGAGUGAACCCAUUCUUUCUAGAUUUGACAUUCUUUGUGUCGUAAGAGAUCUCGUUGAUCCAAUUCAGGACGAGCUUCUCGCAAAAUUUGUUGUUCGAAGUCAUGUAAAACAUCAUCCUAACGAAAAACAACAAGGCGAAAAUAACAACGAAGAAAUUGAAAUGGAAUCAAGUCCGACCACAGGAGUCGAUCUUUUGUCACAGGAAAUGUUGAAGAAGUAUAUUAUUUACGCGAAAGAUAAAAUACAUCCAAAGUUGAAUAAUAUGGAUCAAGAUAAAAUAGCGAGAAUGUUUGCUGACUUGAGACGCGAAUCUAUGGCUACCGGCAGUGUUCCAAUCACUGUACGUCAUAUCGAGUCAAUGAUCCGAAUGGCUGAAGCAAACGCUAAGAUGCAUUUACGUGAUUAUAUAUGUGAUGAAGAUGUAAAUAUGGCUAUCAGAGUCAUUUUGGAAAGUUUCAUUGAUACACAAAAAUAUUCUGUGAUGAGAAACAUGCGCAAGUCGUUUUCACAGUAUUUAUCGUUCAGUCGUGAUAACAACGAGCUUCUUAUAUUUAUUCUUAAACAACUGGUCCGCGAUCAGAUCACCUUUCACAGCAAUCGUUAUGGCGGUACGCCAGAAAUGGUAGAAAUAUUAGAAGAGGAAUUUCAAGAUAAAGCACGACAGAUCAAUGUAGACAAUAUUUCCAGUCUUUACGAGAGCGAAAUGUUUGCUAAAAACAAGUUCGUUCAUGACAAAAAACGUAAGCUUAUUGUACAAAUGUUAUAGUUUACUUUGGAUGUCUGUGUAAAUAACUUUUUGUUCACGUGAACAACAUGUGGUAAGAUGCAUUCAGUAAACUACGUACGAUUGACUUUUUGUUCACGUGAACAACAUGUGGUAAGAUGCAUUCAGUAAACUACGUACGAUUGACUUUUUGUUCACGUGAACAACAUGUGGUAAGAUGCAUUCAGUAAACUACGUACGAUUGACUUUUUGUUCACGUGAACAACAUGUGGUAAGAUGCAUUCAGUAAACUACGUACGAUUGACUUUUUGUUCACGUGAACAACAUGGGGUAAGAUGCAUUCAGUGAAGUACGUACGAUUAACUUUUUGUUCACGUGAACAACAUGUGGUAAGAUGCAUUCAGUAAACUACGUACGAUUGACUUUUUGUUCACGUGAACAACAUGUGGUAAGAUGCAUUCAGUGAAGUACGUACGAUUGAAAUGGGCAGAAAAUAUGAAAUAUUUUAAUGUAAAUAUGUUUAUUAUAAUGUUUUUGUGAAAGGAA